AUGGAGCAGGAGUUAUCCCGGUACCAAGGUCUGAGCGGGAGGGAUGAGACGACAGAACAAACCUGGCCUAUUCAUGGUGGAAAGAAGCUUCGGAAGCGUUUAAGAGGGUGUUUUCAGGUAAAACGAAUAUUGCGGGAUAGCGCCAGUGGUAUCAAUGUGCAAGAUGGCGAUGGCGUGCGGAGGACAAACGUAACGGACCAUGGCCAUCCAGCAGCAUAUGCAGCAGCAUUAACGCUGGGAGCAAGUGGAAACUCAAGCGCCAAGCGCGCGGCUAUAGGUUACAUGGAUCCGCUCGACGUGACGCAUUCUUGUAAAGAGCUACGCAACCUUGCGGCAGCUCUUUGA